AUGGAACGAUCUUCCACCCCUAAAUCUAUUCGAGCCGAAAGAGAAGCGGCCAACUCUCCUUAUGAUCGUUCUCUAAGGGUAUUGAAACCUAAACAGAGUGUGGGGAUCAGUCCUUUCGCAUCACUUCGAUCUCUGUACAGUUUCGUCACUGGUUCCAUCUCACGUACAACACCUCUCCUUCCGAACACUUCGCAAGACAUAGAUAGUCCUCCAGCUUCAGACCAACAAUCAGUCUCUGGAUCAGACGAUGAAUGGGAAGGCGAGGAACCUAAAAGAAUGCAAGGAGAAGACGUCUUUUCACUCGCAGCGGCGGCAGGGAGGAAAGGGGGUAAUGUUGAUGAUAGAGCAUUGGAAUUUCGUGCGAGAGGAGAGAUACCAGGUGGUAGAAGAGAUCUAGCAAGGCGAGCUUUGGAAGGAGAUUCAUCAUUGAUCGAUCAUGAUGAACCACAAAAACCCGUUUACACACCUCAACAAAAUCACAAAAUUCGACCUUUUUCAUCCACUCCUGUCGUACCAACGAUACCAUCUGCCCCUUUACCAAGCACCAAUUUACCACCCACUACACCUGUAUCUGGCGUCGUGGUUUCUACUCCCUCUCGAAAACGUCCACAUUCACCUGUUACACGUAAUCCUUUGCCAUCCUUCUUACCUUCCCCAUCGACCACCUCUAAACUCACAUCAUCAGCUUCAUCAGCCGCAUUGUCUGCGUUUCUGGAUGCGAAAAAGGGGUCGUCCAUGUCUUCGGAAGACAUCAGGGUUGUUGACGCUCUGGUAGAUAGCAUAAAACAUGAGACGGAGCCUCAAACAGGAGGUUGGGGAGCAGGGGAGUUCAACACACCUUCCCGAUCCAUCAGACCUCUACGGGAGACUGUUUCUACCCCAGUUCGAUCGUCACCCUUUGCGAAUGGCUUCAACUCGCCAGGUCCAAGUUUCUCCAUUGGGGCUUCACCCUCGACCUUACAAUCGCCUUCGAGAAGGAAACUGGUCUAUCUUGGACCUGGAAUGUCCCCGAGAAAGAUGGGAAGGUCAAGGAUCAAUUUCGACGAGUCACCAGCGAAGAAAGUAAGAACGGAGACCAUGGAACUCGACCAGUCGGCAAGUUACAUACCGCCUUCCUCGCUGACUACGGACCAAUCUCAAUCGAGCAUUUCAAAUGUAUUCUCGACGACAACAUCGCCUACCACGGCACUCCCUCUAACAUUGAAUAAAGUCAAAUCUUUGCGAACAUUCGCUCCGUCAAAUCCUUCGCCGUUGGGAAGGAACACUAUGAUCUCGGAUCCUUCAUCUCCACCCGCUCAUCCUUCUACCUCAGUGAAAGCAACCGCCGUCAGUCUGGGCAAACACCGCGCAGCAAACAUCAUGCGAGAGCUCUUGGCAGAAGAUCUUGCCACAGUUUCCGCACGAGUUGUUGAAGAUUUCAUUGUCAAUCCAUACGACACCACUUCUCUUCUCUCCAAACAUACUUCCACCCUCGUACCGCACUCGGUCCCGUCAACCCCGUCCACUCCUCACAGUCGCAAUCAUGUCGGCUCCGUCCCCAAUCAAAACACUCCAGGUCGAGGAACCCCAAAUCGACCCACCAUCCGGGCAUUGACCGACACGACUCCAAAACGUGGAGCAGCCGCCAAACUCGCCGCUACGAAAAGUCAAAAGUUGACCACUCUCGAGUUGUUAUCUGGCAAGAAACCCUACGUGUCUUCGUCGCUCGUCAACGGUAAAGGCAAGAAGAGAGAAGAUGCAAUGGACUUUAUGGAGAGUGAGGACGAUGAGGAGGUUGAUGAAUUGUUCGGUUCUCCAGAGCCCGAUACGCCCAUUUCCAAAGGUGACAAUCGGAAAGAUGUGGAGAUGGAAGAAGAAUCAAGUUCUUCCUUGAUCGAGAUACCGGGUCCGGAUCCCGUACCUAAAUUUGACGUACCGCAAUUAUCCAUAUCGACCUUUAACACCACCCCUUUCAAGUCGACCACCACCACGAAAGAGUUGUUCUCCAGUGCAUCCCAAAACUCCAUAUUCCCUUCUGUCAAACCAGAUCAAGUUUUCAAACCCACUUUCACUCCUACUCCAAUCUCUCAAUCAAUGGAAGAAGGCGAACACAUGUCGUCGUCCACGCCAGUCUCUGAGACUAUAGAAGAUCACCCGGUGGAUCUCACUGCGAUUUAUCUCUCCGCCAAAGACGCAGCGUUGAAAGUGGAAAAACCAGCCUUACCAUUCUACACCUUUAACAUUUCCACCACAAUCCUCAAACCCUCUGAUGACAUUCGUACACGAGUAAUGAAAAGAUCUCUUCAAUCAUAUUCCUUCACUUUACAUCUGGAUCCUGAACCAGCAGCCGACGUUACUCCUCUGACGACGACGGGCGAGGAAUGGACAUGUGAUUUGUGUAUGCUCAAGAAUCCCGCUUCGGCCAGUGAGAAAUGUACCAUCUGUGAAGCUCCUAAGCCGGCGAAGCAACCUACGAGUACGAAGCCAAGUCUUGCAUUUGGGAUCGGGAUGGAUGGUAAGAGUGGGACAAAAGGAGGAGAAUGGACAUGUUCGUUGUGCAUGUUGAAGAAUCCUGAGAGCGCAAAGGAUAAAUGUGGUAUUUGUGAAGCUCCUAGACCAACAUGAGAGGUGGAGAUGAAUAUAAUUGAGAGGUG